GGUUGCAGUCGCCGCAUAAAUGAACUUGUUGCCGUGUUAAUUUGCGUAGGAGUUGUUUCUUUCCACCCACUUUUCUGCGUGGACUUUGAUGGAAAACAUUUGAAUUAUCACCGACACCAGGGAAGCGGAGUGUCGAGGAGGAGCAGAGUAAAAACUUGAGAGUAAAAGCAUGAGCACACCGUCCUCAGGUCGCAAGACCCCAGUGGACUACGGUGUCCAGAUCCGCUUCAUCAAUGACCUCUAUGACACUGGCGGGGGGCAGCCUGGGCCACAGCCCAAGACCAAGACCAAGACCCAGACCACCUCCAAGUACGGCGUGGCGGUCAGGGUGCAGGGCAUCGCUGGCCAGCCAUAUGUGGUCCUGAAGGACGGAGAGAAAGGAGACUCGUAUGGGGUUCAGCUCAGGACCCAGGGCCACCCCGGUUACAGUAGCCUACCCCGGCGGAGAGAGAAGGCAGAACCAGGAACACAGGGGGCAGAUGUAGGAGGUGGGCAGGGAGGGGCACUACGCCGGGCACAGUCCCAUGGGUCACUGCUGGAGAGGGAUGGAGAGGGAGUAGCAGGCAAUGAGGAUUUUCAGUUGUCCAGGCCACCAGGAGAUGGGAAGUCUGGAAGUUAUGGGAAUCUGGAUGGAGGAAUUGGAGUAAGAGGGGACAGAGAGCAGGUUCAGCGUGUCAGUAGCAGAGAGGGGAGCAUGGAACGGAAUAUGUGGGAUGGUUCGUACAAAGCUGGGCUCAACGGGUCAGUGGGGUCAGUGAGGAGCAGUCAGUCCUACCCUGCCCCUCCUCAACAAACAAAUCAGAGACAAACUCCUGUCAACAGACAAAUAAACAGGUUUGACGGUGGUAACACUGAAAGCCAACAGAGAGGACUCCAUCCCCAACAGCAAGAUCCCAGAGCUACAUCUCCUCUCCUCACCCCCAACCCCUACAACUCACCUCCGUCCUCAACUCAGAGCAGCCUGGGACGCAGCCAGCCUGCUGUCACCAAAUUUCCAGGACACUCGGCUAAUCACUGGACUUCACCAGGGAGAUACGCUGCUGCUGAGACGCCGCAGGCCACUCUGACUGAGGCACAAGUGACUCCUGACCUUUUGCUGGACCAGGGUCAGAGUGCAGAGGCGAACAGCGAGGAGGAGCAGGUCAUGCAGACUAUAUACAACAUCCUGAGACAAGGGAGCAACGAGAGUGAUGUCGUCAUCAAGCACAAAGUCAAGGUCAUGUUUCAGAAGAUUCAGAGUCUCAAGCCUAAAGAAAGACCUCAAGAAGAAUGGAUGAGAGAAAAGAGGGAGCUUGAAAGUAAGAUGGCUGAACUACAAACUGCCCUGCAGGAGGAGAGAAGGGACUCUGUUAGCAAUUCUGAUCCCACUCUGAAAGCUGAGCUGGAGUCCUGUCUGGAUGAAAAUCUGCAGCUCCGGGAGAUGCUGGACCGGAAGAAGAAAGAAUUAAAUGAAACACAAUCAGAGCUGACUCAGCUGCGUAUGGACAGGGAGAACGCAGAGGCACGGGUCAGAGAAAUGGAGGACCAGCUGGCUGAGCUUCAGGAUGAACUGAGAAGAGAGAAUGGCAACAAGACGGACUUGAUAUCUUGUCAGGCACAACUGAUGGAGGUGUGCCAGCUGAAACAGAAGCUGGAGGAGACGCUAAGACAGAGAGAGAGGGAGCUAACUGCUCUCAAAGGAGCUUUGAAGGAAGAGGUAGCCACGCACGACAAAGAGAUUGAGGUGCUCAGAGAGCAGUACAGCACCGACAUGGAGAAGCUCCGCAGCAGCAUGGAGCAGGUGUCUCAGUCUCACGCAGGGAUCGAGGCAGAGCGGUUGCGUGUGAAUGCAUCCGUUCGCACCCUACAACAACAGUUGGAAGACUGCAGAGAUGAGAGCAGCCACUGGAUGGAGCAGUUUCACACCACCAGAGACGAACUUCGAACAACCAAACAAGAACUCUUGCAAGCCCGUCUGGAAAAAGAGGAGUUUGAGGAGGAAAUAAAGGAGCUCCAGGAUAGAGUGAGCACCAUGAAACAGCAGAUACCCGACCCUGCUCACUCACAGACUCUCAACCAGGAACUUCAGCGAUACAGUGCUGAUCUACAGAAGGCCAAGUCUGAGGUGGAGAAGCAGAGGACGGCAUUUGACAAGAAGGUCAUGGAGGUCAUCUCCAUAAAAAAAUCUCACCAGGACCAGGAGGCAGAACUGAAGUAUGAGAUUGACAGGUUGAAGGACCAGUUACAGAGGGCCAAAGAGGAUAUAACCAAGGCCCAGGAGAAGAGCAAACGGCUCCCAGACCCAUCUGUCAUCUCAGAGCUGGAGCAGAAGGUCAGUGAGGCACAAGGUGAAGCUACCCAGCUCAAAGAAAAACUCUUAUUAGCUGAGGAGGAAGUGGAGACCAGUAAAACACGUCUCAGUAGAGCUCAGAUGGACAUUAAGUCACUCGAAGAUGCCCAGCAGGAGCAGGAGGAGGCCAACACACGUCUCAAAGAGAAACUCUCACGGUUAGAGGCUCAGCUGCAGUCCAAUGCCACAGAGAGCUCAGAGGCAGAGAUCGCCCUCCACGCUGAGGUGAGAGGCUUGAGAUCUGAGCUAGAUGAGGCCAAGAGAAAAGCUUCCCGACUGAGCCAGGAGCACCGUGAUCUUAUCCUGCGCGUGGAGGAUGUGGAGAAAGACAAGGAGACACUCAAACAAACCCUCAACCAGCUGGAGGAGGCCAAACGACAGCAGGAGAGAGCUCUGGAGAAAAUCAACAAAGAGUAUGAGUCGCUGACCAUGUCCUCAAGAGAGGAGGCGCAGACUCUCAGGGUUCAGCUGGAGGAGCAGAGAGAGAGGGCACGCAAGGAAAUGCAGGAGGCGCAACGUCACGGAAGCGACGCUAAGAGUGAACUGGAUAGAAGUCAUGUAAAUCUAAGGAGACUGGAGGAAGAGAUGUCACGACAAAAGAAGGAGCUUCUGCUUGCAUGUGAGGAGAGAGACAACCACCAGCUGGAUAAAGAGCUUCUGACCAACAGACUGCGCCACCUUGAGGGAGAGAUGGAGGCUAACAAAAACAGCCAUAAUGAGAAGGCCCGGGAGAUUCGCAUCCUGGAGGAUAAGCUGAAGCGUUUGGAGUUGGAACUGGAGGAGGAGAAAAGCAGCGUGGAGAUGCUGACGGACCGAGUGGCCAGGAGCAGGGACCAGAUUGAUCAGCUCCGCUCCGAGCUCAUGCAGGAAAGAUCCUCCAAACAGGACCUGGAGCUGGACAAGAACGCCAUGGAGAGACACCUGAAGGAGCUGAGAAGUCGUGUGGCUGACAUGGAGGGCCAUUCUCGCUCCUCAGCAGGAGUCUCCCAGCUGGAGAACAAGAUCCAGGAGCUGGAAGAACGCCUUCGGUGUGAGGAAAGGGAGAAGAACUCUGUGUUGGCAUCUCAACGACGUCUGGAGAGGAAAAUAAAAGAACUUAACUUGACACUGGAUGAGGAGAGACAAACACACACUGAACAAAGGGACCAGAUUGCUCUGAGAGUGAAAGCUCUGAAGAGGCAGGUGGACGAAGGAGAGACCGAGCUGGAGAGGAUAGAUGGACUGAGGAGGAAGGCCCAGAGAGACAUGGAGGAACAGAUGGAGCUCAAAGAGGCCCUGCAGGCCAGAGUCACAGCACUGGAAACUGAGCUCAAGAGGAAAACCCAGGCAGCAAUGCGCCCAGCUUUGGAUUCAUCGGUCCUCAGCUCAGAUGAUGACGACAGCCUGUAUGACCCCUCCACCAUCACCUCCAUCCUCACUGAGGGCAACCUCCAGACCAGCUCCUGUUAAGACAGCGCUUCAGGGACAGGAUGAGGGUGGGAAAAUGUAGCACUGCUUAGGGAAACAAAUGGAAGGAAGUGUAGGUUAGCUGCUUUGUAGACUGGGAGUUAAAGCCAAAAGGCAGAAUGGUAUACACUACAGACAAGGAGGGAGGGGUGCAAGGACCUAAUGAUAUAUUGUAGACAUUAGCGGGUAAAUGAUUUUCCACACCAGAGUGAAUGGAGGGAAACAAAACAUCCUCUGCAUUUCUGGGUGUUUCCUUCAGUCUACAAUCUACACUGAUGUUCUCCAUGGUACAGUUGGAAGUACUCCAACAUAUGAAAACUAACUACCGCACAAACUCAGUAACUGGAAUGCAAGGAGAGACAUUAAGCUGGAAGCAGAGAGAGAUAUAAAUAAAAAAUACCUCUUGCAUUUUUUGAUAUAAAUUCAGUAUGUUAAACCAUUUCAGGUUUGAGACUCUGAGUCAAGCACUUACGGUACCAAGUCUGGUUUUGACUGAACAAUCAAAAAUACUCGUUUGGUCAGUUUACCUGUUGGUAGCCACAACCAUCAAAUCACUAAACUUCUGUAUCCCAGUGUGCACAAACAUUAGGUAGGACUACUAACAAACAUAGACCAAACACUGACAUUGAGUGCAUUCACGAUUAAACUAUAAGCAAUAUAACACUUUAAAUCUUAAGCUGGUUUUCUCACAGUUAUUUUGCCUAACCAAAUCAAAUGGUUUAAGUACUGCUUAUUAUACGUAAUGAAUGAAAUGUGGAGUUUGUUUACGCAAAACAAAAUAUAUUCUCACGUUUUUAAUGUCACACGGUACACAGGCUAGGAAUUAAGAAUUAUAAUAUGACACUAAUAGCACCUGAAACGCACUGUUAAAAACUAUAAAUGUGAUAGAAACCUCACAUUGGUGGGAAGGUUUGAUUAGUUAUGUUAGUCAUUGUUCACUGUAUGAAGCAGCUUCCUGUUAGAGGUGCAACAGACGUUUGGUUCUGUGGUCUAUAACUUUGAGGACAGAUGGGACAUUUGUCAGAACAUCGUAUACUGUGUGGACAGUUUCAUUGCUGUUAUGUUGCUUGGUCCUUGUUUACAGCUACCAAGGAAAAUAUAAGAUCUUUUAUUCCUUGUCAGCUACUGCAUCAAAAAGAUUUUCAACAUACACUUGGACACAUUCAGAAUAUUUAUGUUGUCAAGUUUGAAACUGUCUUUCAAAGUAAAAUAAUGGCCAAAUAUCUUCCUGUCUGCAGUGGUGCCCCCAAGGAGGGGUGGGGUAUCAUGAUUGCCGGUCCCCUUAGUGAAAAUAAUAGGAUGCCAACAUAACUGUUUUUAAGAGGCUCUGGCGUGCUUAUUUUUUUUUGAGCUAGCACAAAGGUAGUGGUCUCUUGUGAUGUGAGACAACCUAACGCCCCGAUCACACAUAAAGCAUUUUGCAGCAUUUUUUGAAUGCAACUGGUAAAAAAAAAAUGCUUUUGCGGUGCCUUUUUUGUUGUUGUCAGGCAACCACUCCAUCACGUCCUUACACUAACCCUCCCAUGUAUUCACUCUACCAUUUUUUUUUCUCAGUAAUUAGUAGCUAGUUACUAAAAUGAGCAAGCAGAGGGUACUUGCUGUAGUUUUGGUUGAGGGUGAGAGACUGUCAGCAGUUUGUUGGUCGGAGAUUUGUGUGGGUACUUGAGACCCUAAAAAAAGAGCAUGGAUCACAGGGAGUACAACCAGUUGGUCCAGUUGGUUCUCCUCCAUGAUGGCAGUUUACAGUCAUAUUUUAGGAUGACUUGGGGGCAGUUUGACAACCUGCUGUCUAUCAUCGGGCCAUAAAGCUCUAGGUAUCCAGCAGUCGCUACCAUCAGUUUCUCCUCCAUUGUUUACCAACUGUGAACUUGUUGUCGUGACCACCACAGAAGGCCCGCCUCUCAGAUCAUCCAAUUGGAUAAUGGGAAAAAAGACGACGUGGGGCACUUUUCCACUCUGAGUUUAGGUUUUUUCGACUUAAGGAGUUCAGAGCGCUCCAGCAAAUACACCAGGCGCCUAGAGCACAGAAACGCGAGGCAUGUCACAACAUAGAAAUUGUGAGCAAAUUCUCAUGAAAAGCCAUUACAAAAAGCCUCCUCCAGCUGCUAAAACAUUUUCUGUGUGAUCAGGGCUCAAGGCAUCCAUUGGUUCUAGCCAUGUUGGCAAGAAAGUUAGGCUAGAUUUCGGCGAGGGAACAACUGACAUAGCCAUUUUCAAAGGGUUACCUUGAACUCUUAUGUCUGAAUUAACUCUUAUAACUGAAUGAAAAUGUGUGGGUGCCCACGGGUCUCUCCUAAAGUUGAGAAAACUUGUUCCCAAUAAAUGCUUUUUUCCUCUAAAUCAAUGUACUCCUUCAAAUUAAAACUGUCUUUUUAAAGGAAAAGAACAACCAGCCUAGUUGAAGAACAAUGAAUCACCUAACAUGUAUACAUACAUAACACAUUAAAACAGGAUUGUUGUGGAACUUACAAUGUUAAAUGUACUGGUAUGAGUCCAUGCAUAUUGGGUAAUAAGUUAUAUAAACUGCAAAAUAAAAAACCAAAGUAUAUCAGCAUGUGAUUCCUUAACUCCAUAUUGACAAAGUUUUAAACUAGCCUAUGAACUUCAACAGCAUAUUCGAAUCACCUAUAUCCAGUUACGUCUUUUGGUUUUGGUGUCACCUCGUGGGUUUCAGUGGCUCCAAAUGUUCACCUCUGUGAUGCCACUGCCUGUCUAAUAAAAGCUUAAGAGUAUUUGUAGGUGCUGCACUAUAUCUAUGCAUUCCUUAAUAGCGAGUCACUGAAAUAUAUUCUCAUCAUUUUCAUUAUGAUGCCUUAAAAUUGUUAAAAAGAAUUUUGUAACUGUAAUUCUUACCUGAAUGAUUUUGUAAAAUGUUUGUAUUUAACAUUUGUAGAUUUUUUUUUUUUUUUGAGUCUCGAGUUGAUUUUUGUAUACAGUUUGAACAAUCAGCCAGAGCGAUAAUAACUGUAUUUCAUUUUGCUGCAAUGUUAUGUUUCUUCCUGUGUUUUCAGUCAAACUGGAAAAUGCUAAUUAAUUUGAUUUGUUAGACUGUUGAGUACAAAGAUGUUGAAUUUAAAGAUGCUGGUAUAUGCUGUAAUUAUAACAAAAAAAGAAAUCACACUGUGACUAUACUUCACAAUGUAGAAUUUUUUCUAUGGAAAAUCUAGCAACAAUAAAACUAUGAAGUUGAACUGA